UGCUCUCCUGACACUCCUGACCUCCCGGUCCUGAGCUCAGGAAUGCCCUCGGCGAAAAAGCUGGCUUAAACAACCAUGCGGAUGAUUCGUUGUGGCCAAAGGAGUUACCUAGUCGUAAUUUGUGGUGUUUUUUCUAGUUUGACCCAGUAACACCAGCAGCUGAAGCACCUCCAUAAUAAUGUGUUACGUCAGUCAAUAGGUGUUGUUCAGCUGAUCUGGAGCCUGAAGGACGCCCUGUUGGGAUGUUGUUGUGUGGCAUGACUGAAACCUAAAGUCAAACACGUUGCUGCUUAAACUGUUCUCUUUAAUUUUGUGUAAGAGCUUCUCAGCAUUUUGUGGAACCUGAACCGAUCAUUUUUACUGUGUUGGUUUUUAUGUCACUUGUAGCUGUUUGUGUGUCUGAUUACCACCUCCUGCGUUGUGCUUCAUCACCCCCCACUGACUCUGUAACAGGGAUCAGUGAAAUGAGCUGCUUGUGGUAUCAGAGGGAAGGAGAGUCAUAGGGAGGAGGAGGGAGGCACUUGGUCCUUACAAGAAAACAGAAAGUAGCUGAGCCACAGAGGGAGGAUCUGCGUGAAGGGAGAACAUGAAGCUGUGAAUCAUCUUCCUCCAGCUGCUUCCACUGGAGACGGACCCUCGCUCCUCGUCUUCCUCCAUCCAGCAGAAGGACAGGAACCAGAGCCAUGGUGAUUCUGCAGCAGUAAAUGCACAUGGUUACCAUGGCAACGGGCACAAACAGAAAAGGACCUGAUUGGCCACUGGAUGGCUGGGACCCAGACCUACGGCGCCUCAGCUACAGAUACACCACCCUGAUCCAGUAAUGGCUCAGAAACCCAACACCAGGGAACACACCUGAGGAAGCGACACCUUGUUGCCAGGGGCGACGCGAGGUUGUGGGUUGAGUGGAGGGAGAGGAGGACGGUCCACUGUCUCAGAGCCUGUGGACGGAUGGAUUUAUUUCACAUGAGCUGAUAUUCUUCGUUGGAUCGUCUGAAACACACUUUUCCAGGAUGUGCUUCCCUGCUUCUCGUCUGUGAUCCUGAUCAGUUUUUCCUGAGCAGAGCAGCUUGUGAAUGUGCUGCAGUGGAGCUUUCUGCCCUGUGGACUAGACCAGAGUGUGACAACGAGCUUCUGACUCCACACGUCAUGUACAGACGUCGGGACUAUGUGGACCUGUAUGAGAAGGAUCAGGCCAAAUGGGCGCUGAUCCGCAACGUCAACACUGUGAUGAAGCAAAGCACGCUACUGCCGGGCGACUACGUAUGGCUGGACCUGAAAACUGGUCGGGAGUUCGAAGUGCCGGUCGGCGCCGUGGUGAAGCUUUGUGACUCGGGACAGAUCCAGGUUGUGGACGAUGAGGCAAACGAGCACUGGAUCUCCCCUCAGAACGCCGCAAACAUCAAACCCAUGCAUCCCACCUCCAUCCACGGCGUGGAGGACAUGAUCCGCCUCGGAGACCUCAACGAAGCCGGCAUCCUCCGCAACCUGCUCAUCAGAUACAGAGAGAAGCUCAUUUAUACGUACACGGGCUCCAUCCUGGUGGCGGUAAAUCCUUACCAGCUGCUGCCCAUCUACGCGGCCGACCAGAUCCGCCUCUACACCAACAAGAAGAUCGGUGAAAUGCCGCCGCACAUCUUUGCCAUCGCUGACAACUGUUACUUCAACAUGCAGAGGAACAACCGCGACCAGUGCUGCAUCAUCAGUGGAGAGUCUGGAGCAGGAAAGACUGAGAGCACUAAACUGAUCCUUCAGUUCCUGGCAGCCAUCAGCGGCCAGCACUCCUGGAUAGAGCAGCAGGUCCUGGAGGCCAACCCCAUACUAGAGGCAUUUGGCAAUGCUAAAACAAUCCGGAACGACAACUCGUCUCGCUUUGGGAAAUACAUCGACAUCCAUUUCAACAAGCGCGGAGCUAUCGAGGGAGCGAAGAUCGAGCAGUACCUGCUGGAGAAGUCCAGGGUCUGUCGACAGGCUCACGAUGAGAGGAACUACCACAUCUUCUACUGCAUGCUGAGAGGCAUGACUGCAGACGAGAAGAAGAAGCUGGGGCUGAGCAAGGCCACGGACUACACCUACCUGACCAUAGGCAACUGUACGGUGUGUGACGGUCGAGACGAUAUGAAGGAGUACUCCAACAUCCGCUCUGCGAUGAAGGUUCUGAUGUUCACCGACAAGGAGAACUGGGAGAUUUCUAAACUGCUGGCUGCGAUUCUACACUUGGGAAACCUCAGAUAUGAAGCUCGCACCUAUGACAACCUGGAUGCCUGUGAGGUGGUGCGCAGCCCUCACCUCAGCACUGCUGCCACGCUGCUGGAGGUGGAUGCCAAGGAUCUGAUGAACUGUCUGACCAGCCGCACUCUGAUCACCAGAGGAGAGACCGUGUCCACGCCGCUCAGCAUGGAGCAGGCUCUGGACGUACGCGACGCUUUUGUCAAGGGUAUUUAUGGUCGACUCUUCGUGUGGAUUGUGGAGAAGAUCAACGCGGCCAUCUACAAGCCUCCAUCAUCUCAGCCCAAAAAUCUGAGGCGCUGCAUCGGGCUGCUGGACAUCUUUGGCUUUGAGAACUUCACUGUAAACAGCUUCGAGCAGCUCUGCAUCAACUUCGCCAACGAGAACCUGCAGCAGUUCUUCGUCCGCCACGUCUUCAAACUGGAGCAGGAGGAGUACAACCUGGAGCACAUCAACUGGCAGCACAUCGAGUUCACCGACAACCAGGACGCGCUGGACAUGAUCGCCAUCAAACCCAUGAACAUCAUCUCGCUCAUCGAUGAGGAGAGCAAGUUCCCCAGGGGCACAGACUCCACCAUGCUCAACAAGCUCAACUUCCAGCACAAACUCAACACCAACUACAUCCCUCCAAAGAACAACUACGAGACUCAGUUUGGCAUCCAGCACUUCGCUGGAGUGGUUUACUACGAGACCAGAGGUUUCCUGGAAAAGAACAGAGACACUUUAUACGGUGACAUCAUCCAGCUGGUUCACUCCUCCAAGAACAAGUUCAUCAAGCAAAUAUUCCAGGCUGAUGUUGCUAUGUUUCUGUGUGGCUAUACUCCUGCUAGUUCACCGCCUGCCAGCACAGCCAGCAAGGGAGCCGAGACCAGGAAGCGCUCGCCGACCCUGAGCAGUCAGUUCAAGAGAAGCCUGGAGCUGCUGAUGAGGACUCUGAGCGUGUGUCAGCCCUUCUUCGUCCGCUGCAUCAAACCCAACGAGCACAAGAAGCCGAUGUUGUUCGACAGGGAGCUGUGUGUGCGUCAGCUGAGGUACUCCGGUAUGAUGGAGACCAUCCGUAUCCGACGGGCCGGUUACCCCAUCCGCUACACCUUUGUGGAGUUUGUGGACCGCUACCGGGUUCUGAUGCCUGGAGUCAAGCCAGCGUACAAACAGGAGGACCUGAGGGGGACCUGUCAGAGGAUCGCUGAGGCAGUGCUGGGCAGAGACGACGACUGGCAGAUGGGGAAGACAAAGAUCUUUCUCAAGGAUCACCACGACAUGCUGCUUGAGAUAGAGAGAGACAAGGCCAUCACUGACAAGGUCAUUCUCAUCCAAAAGGUGGUUCGAGGGUUUAAGGACAGAUCGAACUUCCUGAAAAUGAGAAAAUCAGCAGUUUUGGUCCAGAAAACAUGGAGAGGUUAUUACUGCAGGAAGAACUAUGGAGCUAUGCGUGCGGGCUUCUCCCGCCUCCAGGCUCUGGUUCGUUCCAGGAAGUUGUGUGCGUCCUAUCAUGUGGCUCGUCAGCGUAUUACGGCUUUCCAGGGUCGCUGUCGUGGCUUCUUGGUGCGUCGAGCAUUCCGACAUCGACUUUGGGCCGUCAUCACCAUUCAGGCCUACACCAGAGGCAUGAUCGCUCGCCGUCUUUACAGGAGGCUGAAAGGAGAGUACCGCCGGAGGCUGGAGGCAGAGAAGAUGCGCUUGGCUGAGGAGACCAAACUAAGAAACCAGAUGUCUGCAAAGAAGGCGAAAGCUGAGGCUGAACGCAAACACCAGGAGCGUCUGGCCCAGUUGGCCAAGGAGGAUGCCGAGCGGGAAAAGAAAGAGAAGGAGGAUGCUCGGAAGAAGAAGGAGCUGGUGGAGCAGAUGGAGAAGGCCCGGGCUGAGCCUGUCAACGACUCAGACAUGGUGGAUAAGAUGUUCGGCUUCCUGGGCACCACAAGCUCGUUCCCGGGCCAGGAGGGACAAGCCCCCGCCGGCUUCGAGGACCUGGAGAAGACCCAUCAUGAGCUGGACGAGGAGGAUCUGGACGAGGCCCUUCCUCUGCCCGAGGACGACGAAGAGGACGAUUUAUCAGAGUACAAGUUUGCCAAGUUUGCUGCCACCUACUUCCAGGGCACCACUACGCACACCUACAUCAGACGGCCUCUCAAGCAGCCUCUGCUGUUCCAUGAUGACGAGGGAGAUCAGCUGGCUGCUCUGGCUGUGUGGAUCACUGUGCUGAGGUUCAUGGGAGAUCUGCCAGAGCCCAAGUAUCACACGGCCAUCAGUGACGGGAGCGAAAAGAUCCCAGUUAUGACUAAAAUCUACGAGACGCUUGGAAAGAAGACGUACAAGAGAGAGCUGCAGGCGCUGCAGGGGGAGGGGGAGGCGCCUCAUGCUGACCACAAGAAGAACAGCGUCCGACACAAACUGGUGUCCCUCACUCUGAAGAAGAAGUCCAAGAUCACUGAGGAAGUGACAAAACGCUUGAACGACGGCGAGUUUGGUUUACAUGGCAACAGCAUGUUGGAGGACCGGCCGACGUCCAACCUGGAGAAACUCCACUUCAUCAUCGGCAACGGGAUCCUGAGACCUGCACUAAGGGAUGAGAUCUACUGUCAGAUCUGCAAGCAGCUCAGUCAGAACCCAUCCAAAAGUUCUCACGCUCGCGGAUGGAUCCUCAUCUCGCUGUGCGUUGGCUGCUUUGCUCCUUCAGAAAAGUUUGUCAAGUACCUGAGGAACUUCAUCAGCAGCGGGCCGCCAGGCUACGCUCCGUACUGUGAGGAGAGACUGAGGCGAACCUUUGUCAAUGGGACGAGAACACAGCCUCCGUCCUGGCUGGAGCUGCAGGCCACUAAGUCGAAGAAGCCCAUCAUGCUGCCGGUUACAUUCAUGGACGGCACCACCAAGACUCUGCUGACGGACUCGGCCACCACAGCCACGGAGCUCUGCAACUCCCUGGCUGACAAAAUCAACCUGCGGGACCGAUUUGGGUUCUCCCUAUACAUUGCACUGUUUGACAAGGUGUCGUCUUUAGGAAGCGGCAGCGACCAUGUGAUGGAUGCUGUGUCGCAGUGCGAGCAGUAUGCCAAGGAGCAGGGAGCCCAGGAGAGGAACGCGCCCUGGAGGCUGUUUUUCAGGAAGGAGAUCUUUACACCCUGGCACAAUCCCAAUGACGACCAGGUCGCCACCAACCUCAUCUACCAGCAAGUCAUCAGGGGCGUCAAGUUUGGAGAGUACCGCUGUGACAGGGAUGACCUGGCAGAGCUGGCUGCUCAGCAGUACUAUGUUGACUACGGUUCUGAGAUCCUUCUGGAGCGUCUGCUCAGCCUCGUCCCCUCCUACGUCCCAGACAGAGAGAUCAGCACGUCAAGGACCGUGGAGAAAUGGGCUCAUUUCAUCAUGGCCGCACAUAAAAAGGGCAUCUACACCCAGAGGAGGUUCGACCCUCACAAGGUAAAGGAGGAAGUGGUGGACUUUGCUCGCCACAAGUGGCCUCUGCUCUUCUCUCGCUUCUAUGAAGCCUUCAAAUUCUCAGGUCCCAGUCUGCCUAAAAACGAUCUGAUCGUCGCCGUUAACUGGACUGGAGUUUACUUUGUAGACGAGCAGGAGCAGGUCCUCCUAGAGCUGUCCUUCCCAGAAAUCACUGCAGUGUCCAGCAGCAGGGGAGGAAAGCUGCAGGGCCAGAGCUUUACGUUGGCAACGAUCAAGGGAGAGGAGUACACCUUCACCUCCAACAACUCGGAGGACAUCCACGACCUGGUCGUCACCUUCCUGGAAGGCCUGAGGAACAGGUCCAAGUUUGUGGUUGCACUGCAGGACAACCCAAACCCGACUGGGGAGGAGUCAACGUUCCUCAGCUUUCUGAAGGGAGACCUGAUCGUGUUGGACCAGGACACUGGGGAGCAGGUCCUCACUUCAGGCUGGGCUCAUGGCAUCAACGAAAGAAGCAAUCAGAGAGGAGACUUCCCAGCCGACUGCGUCUACGUGCUGCCCUCCAUGACCCGGCCCCAGCAGGAGAUAGUGACGCUGGUCACCAUGACACCAGACCAGCGGCAGGAGUCCGUCCGCAUUUCACAGCUCGUCCUGCCAGAGAGCGACGAACGAGUGAAACCCUACACGCUGGAGGAGUUCUCCUACGACUACUUCCGGCCCCCACCCAAACACACCCUCAGCAGAGUGAUGGUCACUAAGAAUCGUGGGAAGGACAAACUAUGGAGCUGCACUCGAGAACCACUCAAGCAGCCGCUGCUGAAGAAGGUGGUGAACCACGAGGAGCUGGCGCAGGACGCCUGCAUGUCCUUCAUCGCUAUGAUGAAGUACAUGGGUGACUACCCAUCCAAGAGGAGCCGCUCGGUCAACGAGCUCACAGACCAGAUCUUUGAAGGAGCUCUGAAGGCGGAACCUCUGAAGGACGAGAUCUACAGUCAGAUCAUCAAACAGCUGACUGACAACCACGUUAAGUACAGUGAGGAGAAAGGCUGGGAGCUGCUGUGGUUGUGUACGGGUCUGUUUCCUCCCAGUAACGUGCUGCUGCCACACAUCCAGCGCUUCCUGCAGUCGAAGAAGCACCACCCGCUGUCUGCAGACUGCAUGCAAAGGCUGCAUAAAGCCCUACGUAAUGGCGCCAGGAAGUAUCCUCCUCAUUUAGUGGAAGUGGAGGCCAUCCAACAUAAGACAACCCAGAUUUUCCACAAAGUUUACUUCCCUGACGAUACAGACGAGGCAUUUGAGGUGGAGUCUAGCACCAAAGCCAAGGAUUUCUGUCAGAACAUCUCAGCCAGGCUUUUGCUCAAAUCUCCUGAAGGAUUCAGCCUCUUUGUCAAGAUCUCAGACAAGGUGAUCAGUGUCCCUGAGGGAGAUUUCUUCUUUGACUUUGUGAGACAUUUGACUGACUGGAUCAAGAAAUCCCGACCAGCUAAAGAUGGAAUUGUUCCAUCUCUGACCUAUCAGGUGUUCUUCAUGAAGAAGUUAUGGACCAGCACAGUUCCAGGGAAGGACUCCUUUGCUGACUCCAUCUUCCACUACUACCAGGAGCUGCCAAAGUACUUGCGUGGAUAUCACAAGUGUUCACGAGAAGAGGUUUUCCAACUCGCAGCACUUAUCUACCGUGUCAAGUUUGAGGAGGAUAAAUCCCACUUUCCCACAAUUCCUAAGAUUCUCAAGGAGCUGGUUCCCCAGGAUCUGAUCCGUGUGAUGUCACCAGAUGACUGGAAAAGGUCUGUGGUUGCGUACUUCAACAAGCAGGCUGGUAAAUCAAGGGAAGAGGCCAAACUGAUGUUCCUGAAGAUCAUCUACAAAUGGCCGACGUUCGGCUCAGCCUUUUUUGAGGUCAAGCAAACCACAGAGACCAGCUACCCUGAGAUCCUGCUGAUCGCCAUUAACAAGCACGGAGUCAGCCUCAUUGACCCAAAGGCCAAGGACAUCCUGACCACUCACCCCUUCACCAAGAUCUCCAACUGGAGCAGUGGCAACACCUACUUCCACAUCACCAUUGGGAACCUGGUCAGAGGAAGUAAACUGCUGUGUGAGACUUCACUGGGCUACAAGAUGGACGACCUUUUGACCUCGUACAUCAGCCAGAUGCUGACCACCAUGAACAAGCAGCGCUCCAGCCGGGGCCACACCAAGUGAACUUCUUACUGGCAGGAGGCUGUGGAGCUCAUCCGCCACCUGCGUCCCAUCGGUCACUACUGCAGCUGGGGGCGCACGUUUGCCCACCAGCUUUGGCGGAUGAGCCACAGUCCUUCUGCCAGCUCAGACGGGUCCAAGCUCACUGGGGAGAGUUCUGACCCGGGUGAAAGCUGCAGCCAUGGCCAGCAGUACAGCUUCUAUGACGAGGAUGAGCCGUCCAGUGAGGACGACUACCUCUGAGGUGUGGUCCAGUUCAGUCUGUACCGUCACUCCUCAUCGGACCCGGUCACAGCCAGUACAGGCCUCAGGUAACAGCAGCAGUCAUUCCAACACUUUGACCUGUAAAACCAUCUUCAUUCACCACAAAUCUAUAAUGAUGUUCUAUAAUGACCAGUAGUUGCUGCUGAUUCUUACUGUAUAUGAACGUGAAUUAUUAUAUCAAAGAUUUCUAUAAACCUUUUUAAAGUCGCAUUGAUCUGCUCAUGUGUCAUUUAUGAUUUUGCUUUUUAAAUAAUAUUUAGUUGACACUACUUGUUUAACAUUGUACAUUACUGUCCUGAUGUUUCCUGUUUUCCUGUGUUUAUUGCUAACCACAGGUUUCAGUCUUUUGUAGAAGAGGCUUGAUUUGAUGUUUUUUGUCCCUAUGAUUAGAUUGAGGUUUGGUCUGUUGGUGACUUGUCCCAUGUCAACAGUCUCGCGUUAAUUCAAAAAAAUGUAUUUAUUUCUGGGGAGAUGCAGUAGCUUUAAACUGCGGUUUGUUGAUCAGAGCUGCAUAUUUGCUAGAAGAGAAACUGGUCCGUGAAGAUUUAUUGAUUUAAUGAGUGACAUAAAUUCUUUGACCACCUGAUGAGUUUUAACGGUGCCAAUUACUUUUGUUUUUUUGCAUGUUUUGACGUUUAGUAUUUCUAACUGUAACUAAAAGUAGCUUUAACACCAGCUUUUUACUUUGUGCUUUGUAUUAAACAUUAAAGUUGUUUUGACUCGA